AUGAUAGAGCAUUUCUACAGGAAAGCAGCUGCCUUUGUAUUACAAGUAGUUGGUAAACAUUCUCCUUAACUAGCUCAGGCAAUAGUUGAUUGUGAAACUCUGAAUAUGCUAGUGAUAUGCCUGGAAGAUUUUUACCCUGGAGUCAAAGAGGCUGCAGCUUGGGCACUUGGAUGUAUAGCAAGACAUAAUGCAGAACUGUCACAAGCUGUGGUGGAUGCGGGAGCAGUUCCUCUUUUACUACUCUGUAUCCAGGAGCCAGAAAUUGCUUUGAAAAGGUUGGCUGCUUCUAUCCUCACUGAUAUUUCAAAGCAUUCUCCAGAGUUAGCUCAGACAGUAGUGGAUGCAGGAGCCAUUGCUCACUUAGCCCAGACAAUUCUGAACCCUGAUGUUCAAUUGAAGCAUCAGUUCCUUUCAGCUCUCCGUCAGAUUGCAAAACAUUCUGUGGAUUUGGCAGAAAUGGUGGUUAAAGCAGAAAUCAUUCCAGUUGUACUUACUUGAAUGAAGGACAAAGACGAAUACAUGAAGAAAGAUAAUUCCACUUUAAUUGGAGAAACUGCAAAAUAUAUACCUGAGCGUUCACAGUUGAUAGUUAACACAGGAGGAGUUGCUCCCGUGACUGAUUGCACUGGGUCUUACAAAGGAAACGUAAACCUGCCUGGCAUCAUGAUGCUUGGUUAUGUGGGAUCUCACUCUGAGAAUCUGGCAAUGACAGUGAUCAUUUCCAAGGGUGUGCCCCAGUUGUCAGUCUGCUUGUCAGAAGAACCAGAUCAUAUUAAGGCUAUUACUGCUUGGACCUUAGGACAGAUAGGGAGACUCACCCCAGAGCAGGCACAGGCUGUAGUCACAAACACUUGGCAACUUCUGUUUUCUUUGUACAUGUCAACAGAAAGGUCUGAGGGUCUUCAAGUAAAAAGUAAAAAAGCCAUAUACCUUACAAAAAUGCACCUAUUACCAGCCCUUCAGCCAUUUCUAUAUGAUGCUCCUCCCAAUAUUCUGAAGCAUGGGCUUGAACAGUGCAGUAAGGUGCUGCCGCACAAUAGCAAAGCUAAAAGCGGACCACUUUUUGUAACAAGUGGUGAGCUUAAAAAGUUUCAAGAGAUAAAAGCAGAACCUGGAUCUCUUUUACAAGAAUAUAUCAACGGUAUAAACAACUGCCACCCAGAGGAAACUGUAAUAUAUUAUUCUCCUAGAUAGUUAGAUCCACUUUUACAGAGAGUAGACAGCUAUCAACCACUUUCUAACUAA